GAGAUCGAGCGCUCUACAAUCCCAACGGUCACCCUUUUUUCCUUUCAUCAAUUAAAAUUGAAACGGCUCUCUCUCUCUCUCUCUCUCUCUCUCUCUCUCUCUCUCUCUCUCUCAUCAAUUCAAACUUGAAAAAUUCAAAAUCACUUAUCCUCAUUUUCUCUGCAAAAUUUAAGUGAUUCCAAACUCAACUAUUACUAUCCCUAACAUCAAUUCACCGAUCUCCCUCUAACCUCUCUGUUCAGAUUCCGGUGAUUCAAAAUGUCUACUCCUCAAAAGGAUCCACUUUCGCAAGCUGAAACAACGUGCGGAUCACUUCUCUAUGAACUUCAGAUAAUAUGGGACGAAGUUGGUGAGGCUGAGCCUGACAGAGACAGAAUGCUGUUUGAGCUUGAACAAGAGUGUCUUGAAGUGUACAGAAGGAAGGUAGAUCAGGCAAAUCGGUCUAGAGCUACACUAAGGCAGGCGAUCGCUGAUUGUGAGGCAGAACUUGCAGCCAUCUGUUCUGCAAUGGGAGAGCGACCAGUACACAUUAGACAGUCUGAUCAAAAUGCUGGAAGCCUAAAGGAAGAGCAUGCACGAAUUCUUCCAUAUUUGGAGGAGAUGAAAAAGCAGAAGUUUGAGCGCAGAAAUCAAUUUAUGGAAGUUCAAGAGCAGAUUCAAAACAUCUCAAUUGAGAUUUAUGGUCCCAAAGAGUAUGUUCCUACCAUUGUAGAUGAAACUGAUUUAUCCCUGAGAAAACUUGAAGAAUUACACAGACAACUAAAUGCACUUCAAAGUGAAAAGAGUGAUCGCCUAAAGAAGGUUCAGGAGCACCUGUACACAUUAAAUUCUCUUUGUUCAGUGCUCGGGUUUGACUUUAUGCAGACAGUCCUGGGAAUUCAUCCCAGUUUGGGAGACAUAGAAGGACCUACGAGUGUUAGCAAUGAUACAAUUCAGCAACUCGCUGUUGCUACACAACAACUACGAGAAAUUAAAUUACAGAGAAUGCAGAAGCUCCAAGAUCUUGCAACAACAAUGCUGGAGCUCUGGAACUUGAUGGAUACACCUAUUGAAGAGCAACAAAUGUUUCAGAAUGUUACAUGUAAUAUAGCUGCAUCAGAAGAUGAAAUAACUGAACCAAACACCUUGUCCGCCGACUUUAUCAAUUGUGUGGAGGUGGAAGUAUCUAGGUUAGAAGAAUUAAAAUCCAGCAAAAUGAAGGAGCUUGUACUAAAGAAGAGAACAGAGCUGGAGGAGAUUUGUCGAAAAACUCAUUUGGUUCCAGAAACAGAUGGUGCAAUCGAAUAUGCUGUUGAAGCUAUAGAAUCUGGAGCUGUGGACCCUGCUUGUGUGCUCGAACAGUUUGAGCGUCAGGUUGCCCAAGUUAAAGAGGAAGCUUUGGGUCGAAAAGACAUUCUUGAAAAGGUUGAAAAAUGGCUGGCAGCAUGUGAUGAAGAGUCUUGGCUUGAGGAAUACAACAGGGAUGAUAAUCGAUAUAAUGCUGGAAGAGGCGCUCAUCUUACUCUCAAGCGAGCUGAGAAAGCUCGUGGGUUGGUUAACAAAAUUCCAGCAAUGGUAGAUGUGUUGACUUCAAAAACUAUAGCAUGGGAAAAGGAAAGAGGCGUCGAGUUCACAUAUGAUGGUAUUCGUCUACUCUCAAUGAUUGAAGAAUACAAUAUAUUACGGGAAGAGAAAGAACAAGAACGCCGCAGGCAGCGGGACCUGAAGAAGCUUCAGGGACAAAUGAUAGCGGAACAGGAGGCACUAUAUGGAUCAAAACCAAGCCCUUCCAAGCCCCAAAGUGGAAAGAAGGGAUCUAGGAUGUCAACCGGAGGUGCAGCUAGUAGAAGAGUCUCUCUUGGAGGAGCAAUGCUUCAGACUCCAAAACCUGAUUCAAAAGCUACUAAUUCACGUGCCAUGAGAAAGACUGACAAAGUGCAUCAAUUUGAGCAACAAAGUUACUUGGAUGAUGGUGCUUCCUGUAUAUCAUCAGGUAGUAGAAGAGUCUCUCUUGGUGGAGCAAUGCUUCAGACUCCAAAACCUGAUUCAAAAGCUACUAAUUCACGUGCCACGAGAAAGACUGACAAAGUGCUUCAAUUUGAGCAACAAAGUUACUUGGAUGAUGGUGCUUCCUGUUUAUCACCAGCUCGAAGAGGACUGGAUAUUGCUGCCAUUCCUGUACAAAAACAUUCACUUGGUGCUGCUAGUGCUCAAGGCAUGGAAUCCCCUCUGACAAGACAACCUUUUGCUUCCAUCUCAUCUAAUGUAUCGUCAAAAGCAAAUGUGGCAAAUGCUGCAAAUGAACCUGGCACACAGAAAACACUGCCCUUCACUAGUCCCUGCAAGGCAAUGACUGCGACUGAUUUAGAGAAUAUAACUCCAAAGGCCAUGCCUAUUCCUAUCCCUGCAACACCUUCAACCGUAUCAGUUCCUAUGAGUAUGGCUUUGACUCCUGUUCCUUCAUCAGUUUUGAUGAAUAAGGCCAUGGCUCCAGUUCCCUCGUCAACUCCUUUUGGAUGUGACAUGACUCCAGUUCAAGAGAUUGAAUAUUCCUUCGAGGAAAGAAGACUGGCUCAUUAUAUGUUAGCAUGAUUAUUUUGGUUUUCUAAGAGAUUAUGUAACCUGUGAUGCAUAAUCCAUAAGUCAAUUGUAAUUGGCUAUGAGACUUAUACUUGUGAUGGAUAAUCAUAAGUCAAUUGUAAUUGGCUUCCUGAUUGUGUACAUUGCGAGCAGCAAACGUAGACUAGGAUGUGGAACAAACCUAUUAACGAGAUUUUAGUGGUCUAAUGCGAUUUAAUUUUCAUCAUUUCUUUCUGAUUGUUUCAUCUGGAAAAUCGCCUUUGCUGUAUCGGAUCCACCUAUAUGAAGGAUAUUCUUAUUACUGUUUUGAAUGAAUUUGAAAUAUUUCAUCAUGGAUUUGAA